AUGUGGGUCCAUAAGAGACAGUGCCAACAGGGCCAGUGCCAUCAGUGGGUGGUGCCACAAGAGGACAGUGCCACCACGGGGGUGGUGACACCAGCUAUGGUGCCAACAGGGGACAGUGUCAUCAGAGGACUGAGCCACGGGGAGAAGGAGCCCUCCGGUACCUGGGAUGCUGUGCCCGAUGUCACCGCUGUGGUUGUGUCCCCAAAGUCCCCAGUGUUGUGGGGUUGUCACCUCUCCACGUUCGUCCCCGAUGUGGCCCCGUGGAGUUUGAACUUUGAACUUGAGCUGCGGAGAGGCGGGGAUGGGUGGCACGUGGGGACAGCGGAGUCGGAGCGGAGCGGCGCAGAGCGGCGGAUGGCGAUGAGUGCGCGCAGUCCCGAUGCAUCCCCGCGUCCUACGGAGGCAGCCGAAGGGCAGCAGGAAGCCAAAGCUGCCGACCCCAAAAGAACAGAGGAGGAGGAGGAGCUGAUCGACAUCGAUCUGAACGCACCCGAAACGGAGCGGGCGGCUCUCGCCAUCCAGGGGAAAUUCCGACGUUUCCAGAAACGCAAAAAGGAAUCGGGACCCUAAAGACCCCCC